CGACUGUCACUCCGCUGAAACGAAGCAAAGUUUUGCUGGGUGGAAGGAAAGCGCUCCUCUCCUGCUGCACCCGCAUAAGUUUCAGCGAAGAAGCGUCAUCAUCAUCGUCAUCUGUUAGGGCUUCGUCUCCGCCGCGCUCACUACCGCUCGUUUCAUUCACCGCCCCAGUGUUCACUGGGUUGCAUACUCUUUAGUUGUACUCUGUUGGUGGAGCUCUGCACAAUGAACUAUGCAAAGUUGCUGUUACGAGAUCGAGCCAUCGCAUCUAUUGAGGAAUUCUGGACUGGCGUUUCAGUUACUGUUUUCCUUAUUUAAUUUGUACUAGUUGGUGGGAUGAACUUGGUUUGAGGGCAGUGAAUGUACUUGCUUUUUGCAUUGCCCCAACUGCAGUGAGGUAGAGUGAUGCCGAAGGUGAGAACAAACCGUACGCAGUAUCCUGAUGGAUGGGAGCUGAUUGAGCCCACCCUUCGAGAGCUAGAUGCCAAGAUGAAGGAAGCGGAAACUGAUCCUCACGAUGGGAAGAGGAAGUGCGAAACUCUGUGGCCUAUUUUCAAGGUUUCCCAUCAGAGAAGCCGAUACAUUUUCGACCUCUACUACAACAAGAAUGAGAUAUCCAAGGAGCUCUUUGAGUUCUGCUUGGACCAAGGCUAUGGGGACAAGAACCUUAUCGCCAAAUGGAAAAAGCCAGGAUAUGAACGACUGUGCUGCCUCCGAUGCAUGCAGACGAGGGAUCACAACUUUGGCACGACGUGUGUGUGCAGAGUUCCUCAGAAUCUGAGGGACGAGCAGGCUGUUGAAUGUGUACACUGUGGCUGCAAGGGUUGCGCAAGUGGAGAUUGAUUGCUGCCGCUGCUAAGGAAGAAACCCUUCUGUCUCCUUCUUGAAGCUGUAUUCGGAGCCCAGGUCCGAAUAUCCUCUUCUUUAAGUAAUCUCUCUGCAUAGCGGAAAAUGAUCAACACAGUAACUACUCAGCAUGUGUAGUGUUAUAGCUUCAGUAUCCUGAAGUUAUCGAGUUUUGUUAAUGGAUCAAAUGAUAUGGAGUUGUUGACUGACUGGUUGAGUGAACGUUGAGAUAUAGAAAGUAUUGAACAGUUGCUUUGUGAUCUUGAAUUGAGUUUGUCCGGAUUGUAUAUGAUAAACUUCAGGUUUCACUUCUCCUCAAAGUUAAAAUAAGGG